AUGCGCCGCCACCAAUGGUUGGUCGACGCGGGCGGCCCAUACUUUUGGAGCAGGAAGCUUCCGCACUUCCUCAUGCGAACAACCCACGACAAUUUCGCUCGCGAGUUGACUUCGAACCAGGACGACAACGAUGAGGUCUCCGCUAUCGUCUUGGAUCCAGGUUACUCGACGACGCGCGCUGGCUUUGCCGGCGAAGACACGCCCAAAUCAGUUGUUCCCACCUACUACGGAAAAUACCCUGAAGAAUCUGACAAGUACAUCUUUGGAGACGACAUCUUCGUGACCCCCCGCCCCGGCGUUUCGAUACACAACCCGUUCGGCAGGGAUGGCAUAGUAGAGGAUUGGGACAUGGCCCAGAGACUCUGGGAGUACUCAUUCAAGUCGCGAUUGACAGGCGCCAAGCCAGGGAAUCCAAUUUACAAUGGCUUGAAUGAGGUUCCCGCUGAGGGCGAAGUACCCUCUGACGAGAUGGAUGUUGAAACCGAAGAGAAGCCUCUCGCAGAUAGCCCUCUAUUGAUGACGGAGUGUGGUUGGAAUCCUACAAAGGCACGAGAGAAGACAAUUGAAAUUGCCAUGGAGAAUUGGGGAACUCCCGCGUACUAUCUUGCAAAGAAUGGCGUACUCGCAGCUUUCGCGGCUGGUAAAGCUUCCGCCCUCGUCGUCGAUAUCGGCGCUUCAAACAUCUCCAUAACUCCCGUCCACGACGGGAUGGUUCUCAAACGCGGCGUUCAACAUUCACCCCUUGGAGGAGACUAUGUUUCAUCCCAAAUCCGGGCACUGUUCAAGUCCAACUCUCCACAGCCGAUUACUAUCACCCCUCAUUACCUAAUCUCAUCCAAGACUGCAGUUGAAGCUGGACAACCUGCUCAGGCUAUCUACAAAACGUUCCCAGCGGACAAGGCUCCCGACGCCUCGUAUAGGAAGCUCUUGGAAGAACGAACCCUGACCGAGUUCAAAGAAUGCGUCGUGCAAGUGUGGCCGGGACCAAACAAACUGUCAUCCACCGGACCAAACGGUAUCUCAAACGAAGACAUCGCAAAGGGCAGCCCCGGCCGGCCGUUCGAGUUCCCUGAUGGAUACAACCAAUCCUUUGGUGCGGAGCGGUAUCGCGUCACCGAAUCCCUCUUCGAUGCAAAGGCAUACAUCCAAGACCCCGAAUCUGAAUUUCCAGCACCCACCCCAGCACAAACGAUUCCAGAGCUCAUUAAGACCUCCCUCAACGCCGUGGAUGUUGAUAUUCGACCUCAUCUAUUACAAAAUGUGGUCGUCACCGGCGCAUCCAGUUUGCUAUAUGGUUUUAACGAUCGCCUAAACCAAGAACUGAUGCAACUCUACCCUAGCCCCAGGGUCCGUAUAUCCGCUCCUGGAAACACUGCCGAGAGACGAUUUGGCUCCUGGAUUGGUGGAAGUAUCCUGGCUAGUUUGGGUACUUUCCAUCAAAUGUGGAUUUCGAAGAAGGAGUAUGAAGAACAUGGUCCCAACAUUGUUGAGAAGCGAUGUAGGUAA